AUGAAUUUUGUUAACAACUUGUUUGAAGACAUUAUAAAUGGAAAUGUGAGUGGGUCGUCGCGACUUGCUGUUCAUGCUUCUUUCAUAAUGGUUUUACUUUUUGAGGCUUACUUUUUUGUCAUGUUUCAAUUUGUAAGAAUUCAUUUGGGUGUUCUCUUUCUGAUUACUAUUGGGGCUUAUGUUUCUAUUGUUUGGGUAUUUUAUCAACUUGACAACAACGAAACAUUAAAAAAGAAUAUGGCAGAUUCAAACAAGAUUGAAGAGCAACAAAAGACUGAGUAA